AUGGCUUUAACCCAGUUGCCAUGUUUGCUGGUCCUGGCUUCGUCCCUCUGGGGUGGAAACCGGAAAAUUCUCAGGAUAGCAUGUACCUCCAAUAUUGUAAAGUCUGCCAAGCGUACGAGGCACCACGGUCACAUCAUUGCAGAAAGUGUAACAGCACCACUGCGCUGUACUCAUGCUGCCUCUGUUUUUGUUAGGACAAUGUAUACACAGCUGUAUAAUCUGCUCUCCUGUGCGUGGAACACGGUAAAGAUUGAUGUGAGUGCCGCCCGGAGAGACCCUCUUCCGACUAUUCCGUGUGGAUUAGCUGCAUUUGCUGCCACCUUGUUUGCCUUGGGAUUAGCUUUAGGAACAAACAUAGCUGUUGGCAUGCUGGCUUUUAUCCAGAUGAAAAUAAUUCUCAGGAACAAAACUUCUAUUGGAUCAUGGAUUGAAGAGAAGGCUAAAGAUCGAAUUCAAUAUUAUCAACCAGAUGAAGUCUUUGUUUUUCCUUAUGAUACGGGAAGUAGAUGGAAGAACUUUAAACAGGUUUUUACGUGGUCAGGGGUCCCCAAAGGAGAUGGACUGGACUGGCCAAUAAGAGAAGGCUGUCACCAGUACAGCUUAACAGUAGAACCGUUGAAACAAAAAGCAGAUAAAAGAGUCAGAAGUGUUCAGUAUAAAGUAAUGGAAGAUUAUAGUGGUACCUGCUGUCCUUUGAAUAGAGGAAUCAAAACCUUCUUCACGAGCCCCUGCACUCAAGAGCCUCGGAUAAGGCUACAGAAAGGGGAGUUCAUUUUAGCCACAAGAGGCUUACGAUACUGGCUGUAUGGGGAUAAAAUUCUUGAUGAUUCCAUUAAAGAAGGCGUUUCAAGAGUAAGAGGAUGGUUCCCUAGAAACUGUGUAGAAAAGUGUCCCUGCGAUGCUGAAACAGAUCAAGCCCCAGAGGGUGAGAAGAAAAAUAGAGAGCCACUACUAAACAUUAAUGGGGACACGCCGCCGCCGCCGCCUACGAAGCUUUCAAGCAGUGGGAUCCGCCAGGGGAAGAACUACCUGGAGGCUGCUUCCUACUCCAUCGUCACCCGGCCGUUCCCUUGA